UUAUCAAUGUUCUGAGAAACUACAAUACGCAAGCGAGACGAGGGCUUCGUGCAUGAUAAAAAUAUUUAAUGAUCAACUAUCAUUGGUCACUCGUCCAAUAGCUACUACUUGCGUCCUAGAAGCUUUUAUUCUUCUCACUAAUUUUCCACCAGGUACAUCAAGUUGUGGUUGGAAAAUAUAAAUUUCAGCGAGAGUAUUCCUAGGUUUUGAUGGCUGGGCAAGUAUAUAUAAAGAAUAAACAAGAAAGACAAGAAGUUAUGGGGAGUAAACGUUCGAUCAAUCGAACAGUAGAACUUACGCUCACGAUAUUUAGUGUUUGGCCAGUAUUCUUCAGAGUUUUAGCUGAUUACGCUAACAAUCACAGUAGCCUCACACUUCUGGUACAUUGUAUCGCAUUUUCAUGUCCGCUAUCUUUUCAAGUUGAUGAAUUGUUUGAGUACCUUCUUGGCACUUUUAAAAGUGUUCGUUAAGGUCACUAUCUUCUCGUUCAAACAGCGGUACAGCGACAAUUAGUCAGAAAGAAUUCGACAAAAUCGUGACGACGACAGUGAAAGGCUGGAAUGAUUGCGGUAACAAUGGCAUUACAUUACGUGAAAUGAGAAGUAAAGCAAAAUUAUCGAGUCGUAUUUCUAAUGGGUUAAUUAUUCUUCACACAAUGGGCGGAUUUGCAUACGUCAUUAGCACUCUCAUGACAGUUGUCGACAUCGACGUCACCAAUCGAACGGAUGAACUACCCCUCGCGAUGAAAAUGGAACAUCCCUUCGUUAUAGACACGCGACGCAAGUACAGAUUGGUAUUAGCCAGCAGCUGUGUUCUCGAUGGUGGGCACUUGGGGAGCUGGUUUAUUCAACGCUCUGUUUCUAACUCUGAUAACCUGCACUUAUACUCUACAUGUGAGCAGCCAAUAAACGUCCCGCUGCGUUGGUUGAGGGAAAAUGGAUCUACAGACAUCGACAAAAAAGAUGACGCAUUCCUCGCUGUUAUAACGAAAAUCAUUCGAAAACAAAAAAAAUUAUCAACCCUUUCGAAGAUAUUGAAGAUCUCUUUUCACUCAUCGCUUUGGUGCAAUUCGAAUCUAAUAUCUGAUAUGUUCAUUAGGAUUUAUCAUAUUGUAACCGCAAUCGGCAAUCCCGAUGCCACUGAACAAAUAGUGAGAUCUCUUAUAUUUUUCACUGUAACGAAUGUCGAAGUGUUUAUAUAUUGUUUUGCUGGAGAAUAUCUGAGCAAUAAGAACAACGAGAGCGGAAACACGGCGUACAAUUCUUCUCGGUACGACAUAAAAGCUAAAAAUAGUCGUAAUUUUGUUAUUUAUAAUUUUACGAUCGCAGAGGCAAUUGCAGCUUACAGCAAAAUGACAGUUCUCUCCUUAGAAUGUUAUAUUGUUGUCGAUUGUGAAAGGGAUCGUAUUUAUCGGUACUGCUAG